AUGUACUUAUUUCCCGUAAUUAAUGAAGCUUGGCAGGCGGAGCAAAAUUCUGUUUUCAGUGAGCUUGAAAUUGAAGACCUCUGGCUGUCUGGAGAUGGUCGAUGUGACAGUCCCGGACACAGUGCUAAAUAUGGGACAUACACAAUGAUCGAUCAAUUCAGUGACAAGAUAAUUGACUUUCAAAUUGUUCAGGUUAGUGAGGUGACCAGCAGCAACGCAAUGGAGAGGGAGAGGUUCAAAAGAUGUAUGGAGAAUAUUCAUGACAGGGGAGCCAACAUAAAAGUAGUCGCCACAGAUCGCCAUGUCAGUAUAUGGUCUGAUAUGAAAAAGAAUUUUCCACAUGUACAACACUAGUUCGAUGUUUGGCAUGUAGCAAAAAGUAUCACUAAUAAACUCACAGAAAAGGCCAAGAGGAAAGAAUGUAGUGAACUUUUCCCCUGGAUCAAGUCAGUCUCUAACCAUCUUUGGUGGUGUUCAGACACUUCCGAGGGGGAUAAGAAUCUCUUACCUGAGAAGUGGAUCUCCAUUGUCCACCACUCAGCCAACAUCCACUCAUGGGACAGUGCUGACUUGUAUCAUGAAUUUCCCCACCCACCCAUCCCCAGCGAGGAGGCAAGGACAAAGCGGUGGCUUCAUCCUGGUUCCCCUACGCACGAGGCUCUUGAGGAGGUUGUUUUUGACAAAACCCUCCUUAAGGACAUCGAGCAAUUAACGCUAAACUGCCACACUGGAACACUGGAAGUGUACCACAGUGUACAACUGAAGUACCUUUCCAAGCGGCAGCACUUCUCAUACAAGGGCAUGGUUGCUCACACACAGUUAGCAGCCCUCGAUCACAACGCUAACACUGGGAGGCAGCAAGCUACUGUUUCAAGGGGCGAGAAUGAGGGGGAACUGAGAUAUAAGGUUGUGUUCCCAAAGCAAACGAAGGAAUGGGUUGCAAAACCUAUCAUGGAGGAGACAACAAGAGAACACUUAAAACCCAUGCUU